UUUUAAGCUAGCGCGGAAACGCGGUGACGUAGUGGUCACGUGACAGUUUCCCUUCCGAAGCAGUAAAUAUCAGGCGAGCUAGCAUACACGGGUUUAUCCCUACGACUCUCUGCUGCAGGCAGACCGGACAUGUUCAGCUAACCGUGGCCGGUCAGCAGCCCCCGGCGUCCGUGGCAGGUCUCGCAGCGCGUUUUUGUCCGAGACAUGAGUCGACGACACCGGCCGUGACUUUUAUCAGAGGCUCGUCCACUCCCCAUCAAAUCUCAGCUAGCUUCGCGGGGGCUAGCCCCUCAAGCUAGCCAGGCUGAGUAAACGUCAAGAGCAGGUUUUUACGCCGCUGGUGACUAUGCAAGGGGAAACGGCGGCGAUACGAAUCACGGAAAGCGAGGGGAAGCUGGAUGUGUUCCCUCAGAAUAGAACCCCGAGCUCGGGGAGAGCAAGUGCCAAAAGUUGGCAGUACAGCGAUCACAUGGAGAAUAUUGACGGCUACUUGAUGAAAUACACCAACCUGGUGACGGGGUGGCAGUAUAGGUUCUUCGUCUUAAACAACGAGGCGGGGACGCUGGAGUAUUUUGUCAACGAGCAGUCGCGUCCCCAGAAGCCCCGGGGCAUGCUGCCCCUGGCCGGGGCCGUCAUCUCCCCCAGCGACGAGGACUCGCAUACCUUCACAGUGAACGCCAUCAGCGGGGAGCAGUACAAGCUCCGGGCCACCGACGCCAAAGAGAGGCAGCACUGGGUGAGCAGGCUGCAGAUAUGCACGCAACACCACACAGAGGCCAUGGGGAAGAGUAAUCCCCCACCCAAGUCCCGUAGCUACUCUAUGGCGUCUCAAGGCAGCGGCAGCUCGCCGAUGUCCGUGCGGCGCCCCAGCCAAAACCCCGCCGCCUUGUUCAACUGGCCGCAGGGCCACAAGGGCUCCUCGCUCUACUCCAGCAAGAGGUCUCUGCUGCCCGACCACCUGAUGGAUGCCAGAGAGAUGAUGAGCCAGGCCCAAGGUCAGCACAAAGACCUGAUCCAGAGCAUCGAAGGCCUUCCCGCAGCCCCCAGCCUUUCGCCUCUAGAUCAGGAUUUACUGAUGCUAAAGGCCACCUCCAUGGCCACCAUGAACUGCCUCAACGAGUGCCUGCACAUCUUGCACCUGCAGCAGGUGGCCAGACAAAGGAGCUCCCUUGGAGGACCCACCAUCGAGUGGCUGGAGCCCAAAGUGCCCGACCUCCUGAAGAACGGCAGCAGCUCUCUGGGCAGCUUCGCGGCGGGGGAGGGCCCGCUGGACGGGGGCCGGCUGGAGCUCAGCAGUCCCGAGUCCUGCAGCUUCUCCGGGGAACAGGAGGACAUAGACGGCGAGGAUGAGGAGGAGGACGCCUUCUCCGACAAGGAGGAAGACCUGGGAGCUGUGGAGGAGGAGCGCAGUGUCAUCCUACACCUGUUGUCGCAGCUGAAGCUGGGCAUGGACCUCACACGGGUGGUCCUUCCCACCUUCAUCUUGGAAAAGCGCUCCCUGCUGGAGAUGUACGCCGACUUCAUAUCCCACCCGGACCUCUUUGUGGCCAUAACCGACGGCGGCAGCCCGGAGGAGCGCAUGGUCCGCUUCGUGGAGUACUACCUCACCUCCUUCCACGAGGGCCGCAAGGGCGCCAUCGCCAAGAAGCCCUACAACCCCAUCAUCGGCGAGACCUUCCACUGCUCCUGGAAGGUGCCCCGGAGAGCCGAGGGCGGCGGGGAGGCGUCGCCGGGGAGCCCCGAGCCCCCGGCGACGGAGGCGGCCGCCACUGGCCCGGAGCCCUACCAGGUGCGCUUCGUGGCCGAGCAGGUGUCCCACCACCCGCCCGUGUCCGGUUUCUACGCCGAGUGCCCGGAGAGGAAGAUGUGCGUGAACACACACGUGUGGACCAAGAGCAAGUUCAUGGGGAUGUCCAUCGGCGUCUCCAUGAUAGGAGAAGGUUGUUUGCAUCUGCUCGAGCACGACGAAGAGUACAGCUUCACGCUGCCCUGCGCCUACGCCCGCUCCAUCCUCACCGUACCCUGGGUGGAGCUGGGCGGUAAGGUCAACAUCAGCUGCGCCAAGUCGGGCUACUCGGCCGUCAUCACGUUCCAGACCAAGCCCUUUUACGGCGGCAAGCUGCACAAAGUCACGGCGGAGGUGAAGCAAAACUCCACAAACGCGGUGGUGUGCCGCGUGCAGGGCGAGUGGAACGGCGCGCUGGAGUUCAGCUACACCAGCGGAGAGACCCGGGUGGUGGACGUCACCAAGCUGCCCGUCACCAGGAAGCUGGUCCGGCCCGUGGAGAAGCAAGGACCGACCGAGUCCAGACGCCUUUGGAAGCACGUGACCGAGGCCCUGCGGCAGAAAGACAUCGAAAAGGCCACCGAACACAAGAGGAUCCUGGAGGAGAGGCAGCGGACGGAGGAGAGGCACCGCGCCGAGACGGAAACCCCCUGGAGGACCAGAUACUUUGACAAAGAGGGUGAAGGCUGGAUUUAUCACAAACCGCUAUGGAAAAACUCCACCCUCAAGACCUAG